AGAUGAGGAAGCCUCUAAAUAUCCAAAUCAAACAAUGCAGGAAAAGAAUACAAAACUGCCUUCAAUGCUGCAGAAACCCCAACUGAACUGUCUACAGCAGCGGCCAUUCUCAGACUUUGGACAACUUUCCUGGUCAUUUUGCCACACUGAGCAGGAGAGAAAAUAUAAAAUGGACAUUGAUGAAGAUACAGAAUGUUCUUCCCUGUCCUGCAAACGAUGUUACUCAGAUGAAUUGUUGGUGGAAGAAGGAAAAAUUAGAAGAAGAAAGUUGGUUGAAGAACUUCAGGACAGUAGAACUAAGCACUGGAGGGCUACCUCUGAGGGCCAAACUGAAGUGGGAAUGACAUUUUCCUUCCUGUCACCUCUUUCUUCUAACUUCGAAGACAUUCCCCUGAGGUUUCUUACCUUCUCCAGGAGCACACCAACAGGGCUGGACUGUAUAGGGUUCAAACAGCGGAUGACCACACCUGUUAUCAAUGAUGGAGCACCAGAUAGAGCCGCUUUUAUUGAUGAAGCUGGAAGUGAAGAGGAUUUGUAUGAGGAUUAUCGGAGUGCAAAUCACCGCUAUGGGCAUUCAGGAGGAGGUGGAGAACAGCUGGCUAUCAACGAGCUCAUCAGUGAUGGAAGUGUGGUUUACGCAGAGGCCCUCUGGGACCAUGUCACCAUGGAUGACCAGGAGCUGGGCUUCAAGGCUGGGGAAGUCAUUGAAGUAGUGGAUGCGACCAAUAAAGAGUGGUGGUGGGGAAGGAUCGCAGAUAGUGAAGGCUGGUUCCCUGCCAGCUUUGUACGGCUGUGGGUUAAUCAGGAUGAACCCAUGGAUGAAUACCCUGCUAAAGUCGAAGAUGGCAAACCAGAAGAUGCCAACAGUGCUCAUCGCCGCCUGGCUACAGGCCAGUCGAAGAAAGAUCAGAUGAGGACCAAUGUCAUCAGUGAGAUUAUGAGCACAGAGAAAGUCUACAUCAAACACUUGAAGGAUAUUUGUGAGGGUUAUGUGAAGCAGUGCCGUAAAAGGACGGACAUGUUCUCAGAGGAGCAGUUGCACACCAUCUUUGGGAACAUUGAAGACAUUUAUAAAUGCCACAAGAAAUUCCUUAAAGGUCUAGAGAAGAAGUUCAACAAAGAUCAGCCCCACCUGAGUGAGAUUGGCUCCUGCUUCCUUGAAUAUCAAACAGAUUUUCAGAUAUACUCCGAGUACUGCAACAACCAUCCCAGCGCUUAUGCUGAACUGUCCAAACUAAUGAAGAUCAAUAAGUAUCUGUACUUUUUUGAGGCAUGUCGGCUACUGCAAAAGAUGAUUGACAUUUCCCUGGAUGGGUUUCUGCUGACACCAGUACAGAAGAUCUGUAAAUACCCACUGCAGCUGGCAGAGCUGCUCAAAUACACCAAUCCAGAGCACAGAGAUUACAAAGAUGUGGAAGCUGCCCUGAAUGCCAUGAAGAAUGUUGCUAAGCUGAUCAAUGAGCGGAAGAGGCGGCUGGAAAACCUUGAUAAGAUUGCUCAUUGGCAGAGUUCGAUCGAGAAUUGGGAGGGUGAUGAUGUUUUGGCCCGAAGCUCAGAACUUAUCCAUUCUGGUGAAUUGACUAAGAUCUCACAGCCACAAGCCAAGAGCAAACAGCGGAUCUUUUUCCUCUUUGACCAUCAGGUGGUCUUUUGCAAGAAGGACCUUCUGCGUCGGGAUAUUCUGUACUACAAAAGCAGGAUAGACACUGAUAGCAUGGAAGUGGUGGAUGUGGAAGAUGGAAAGGAGAAGGACUUCAAUCUCAGUGUGAAGAAUGCUUUUAAACUUCAAAACAAGUUCACAAAUGAAGUCCAUUUGUUCUGUGCAAAGAAAUCCUCAGAGAAACAGCGCUGGCUUCAAGCCUUUGAAGACGAGAGAAAAAGAAUUCAGCUCGACAAAGAGACAGGUUUUGCCAUCACAGAGGUGCAAAAGAAACAGGCCAUGAUGAACGCAAAAAAAUCUCAUCCCACAGGAAAGCCUAAAGCUGUCACUAGGCCCUACUAUGACUUUCUGAUGCUACGACAGAAACACCCAAUGCUGCCCUCGAGUGUCCCACAGCAGCAGGUGUAUGUGCUGGCUGAGCCUAAGCGCAAGCCAUCCAACUUCUGGCAUAACAUCGGAAGAUUGACACCAUUCAAGAAAUAAAGGAGUGGCUCUGUGCAUGUGCCUGAGGCAUUUCCAAAGGAGGACUAUUGAUUGGUUACAGGUGGAUUGCUCAAUGCACAUACUGAUGCAGGCCAUACUCCUACAUGACAACAAUUUUAAUCUUCGAACCGACAGGAGAUGGCGUCUGCUAUGACUUGUUCAUGGUCGUGUGUUAGACUCAUCUGGUCAGAGCACUUCCCUGUUUAGUGUAUGCCUAUCAUCAACAGUGCCAGAAAUUAUGACAGAGUUGCCUAAGCAUUUUCACAUUGUUGGCCAUGAUACAAGCCAGGCAUUGUCUCUGGAUCCAGAAACAGAACCCCAUAAACAAGCCUUUCUCCUUUUGUUUCCCGUGGAAGGAACCAAAACUUGUAAGGAGGGUAUUGUAUCCCAUCUCUUCACAGAGAGAAUAGGUUUCUGUUGAAAUAGUCAACUGUAAGUAUUUGUAAAUUCUAGCACCAGGAAACAGGAAAACUUUACUUUCAAUUAACAAAUUUCUGUUAUUUCAGUUUAACGUUCCUCUGUGCUUUCAUUAGAAUCAAAUCCUGUGUGUUAACUAAUGUGCCUAUGUGCAAGCUUUAUUUAAAGUUUGUCAUUGAAAAUCAUUUUUGCCAAUCCUUUUCUAAGAGCCACGUUCAUUGCAUUAGACUGAAUCAUUUUGGAGUUCAAAAUCUCAAAUGUAACUUCUUGCUUUUAUGGUAUAAUAUGAAUUUGUGCCAGUGACACAAAAACAAAACAAGCUGCAAUUGUAAUGAAUUAUGGAUCAUUACAAAAAAAAGUUUCUCUAUUCUCUGGUGCAUGGACUUCAAUCAGUGUUGACAGAAAAUAUGAAGAUCUCUUCAUAUCAUGUGUCUCAUAGCUAGGGAUCACUAAAAAAAAAUUGCUGUUAAUCUCAACCUUAUUCAUAGAAUCACAGAAUAGAAUUAUUCUUGGACAUAAAUCCACAGCCCACCAUGUCUCACAAUUGGCACUGAAAUGAAUGAGUGCGAGAUCAUCACUUCCCCUUGCGCACAAAUAUACUCAGUAUUAUCUGCCACAAGAUAAAAUCAGUUUAUGAAAGGCAAGUGCCACAAUAAACUGUUAAGUGUACUAAUAGGUUUAUAAAUAUUAUGUAAAUAUUAACAAAAUGAUUAUUUAUGUACAUUGAAUUUAUAUACUUGGAUGUGCUACUCGGUUUCUCUCCCUUCUUUCCAGUACUGAUGCCUUAUUGAGCAAUGCCCCCCGAUUGAAGCUUAUUCUGUUUGCAGGCAUUUUAUUUCGAAGUAGCUGUUGUUUUUUAAAUUUUCUUCCGAAAGCAUCACCAUUUUUUAGAAAAUGAUUUUUUUUCCCCCAAACGUGUGAUUCGUGUUGUCAGGCAUUGUAUUAGAUGUUACAGUUCCAAUUUUACUGCUUUCUCCUGAUCACUAUCCAGCAACAUCUGUUGGAAAGUAUACAAGCUUGAAUAUUGGUUGAGGAAAUCAUCUGGCUUACAUGCAUUUCUCCUCCAAUAAUCAUCAUCAAGGCUCACUCAAAAAUAAUAACUACUUUGGAGUCAAUUGCUUCAGACAAGAAGGGGAAGAAGAAAAAUUGCCAAUUUUUAAAAAUCAAGUUUAAUUACUAAAAUGUACAACAUGGCAUGUGCAUGCUGUACCACAAUACACAAUAUUAAACUUUACUUUGUACUCUUCUGCAUUAUUCAAAAGAUUCUGAAAUGUUUUUAGCAGAUUGCUAAAAAUCACUUUUGAAGAACAGUAAUUAAUGCAGAUUUUUGUUAAUGCAGCAAGUGGGAAAGCAGCUUACAGCACAAAAUGAGAUCACAAAACUGUUUUCCAUAAUCAGCACAUCAUGGCUCAGUAAAACUGUUAGUGCAACAAAGAUAGUGGCAAAUUGAAGACACUAUUGUAUAUGUAUCCCUUGAGCAAGGAUAGACUCUGAUCAAAGGUUGAAAAGUUAAUAAUAAUCAUUUCUAGCAUUUGCUGCUGUGUUGUAAGUGCUACAGUGUGUCUUCAUGGAACAGGAAUAUAUGACACUGGAUUUGUGCAUGUUGUGUGGCUAUUCCUACUUAGUGCAAAAUGACAAUCAAAGUGAUGGCAAUAGUAAAAUGCGGCAGAGGCAAAAGUAAAAUCAGUUUGACAUUUUCGUAUGAUGGCAUUCCCAUUUGGCCUUUGAAACAGAAGGUCACUGGGAGUUCCAUCACCAACAUUGACAUGGUAUGUUGACUUUAUAUAUGUACUAAAGAUGUAGAAUACUGCCACGCUUUUUGGGUAUUUUUUUCUGGUAACCAGGUGUUAACGCAAAUCACAUUUUCAAACAUCUGCAUGUAGUGUUUAAGAUGUAGUUAUCAAGAAAAGUCAAGUUUUAUCCUGUUCCCCUGUGAUUUCAUGGCUCUGAGAUCCUGACUGACUGAAUCCUGUAGUCAAAUAGCAGAGUUCAGGCAACUAAAAUUGAUUCAGUAAAUCCAAAUUCAAGUGAGGAGUGUUUUAACUUAUUUAGAUUCAAUCCAAAAAUUGGAUCAGUUUAAGUUCAAUUGAUUGGAAACCAACUUGCAUGGUUGGAUCAAUUUAAUAUUUAGGUCAAAUUCAUCCUUCAGAAUUUAUGCAUUGCACAGAACACAGGGCCAAACCUAUGACAUUUCAGAUGAUAUGUGAUGUUUGACAACAAAAUACCCUUUUUUAAAAAAAAGGAUCAUGGCAAUAAUCGAAAAACAUUGUGUUUUUUUUCUUUUGCUAAUAAAAGUCUAUUUGUUUUGCUAAUCAAUAAAAGUUUUGGAGUGCCAAGCUUCUUAAAGGUCCCAUCAUUGUGAUAGGAGUUGAUGAUGGCCUGUGGACACAAUAAGACAUAUUGUGUUUGUACAUUCUUUUCAGUGUGCAAACCUCUUGAAUAACGAUGUGAGCACAUUACUUGAGCAGUGUUUCUAAGACCUCCCUGGUCUUGUAUCUAUGAUAUGUUUAAAUCUUCUACAGUACUAAGUCUGAGUGAAAGGUCCAUUCUCUGUGGAAAAGAAUUGUAAUUUUCUGUAUAUAUUUCUCUAAACUUGCCAACCAGUUUUGUAGCUCUUAUGUUGCUGGAGUUAAGUUUCUUGACUCUAUUUUAUAUUUCUCUUGCGUGCUAGGCACUUGUGAUAUGUGAGUGGAAUUUGUUAAAAAAGUACAUCUGCAGUAUUUGUAUAAAUUAUCUCUUUGUAUGUGGAUGAUUGUUUACAUAUGCACUUAAAGCACGAUAUGGGGAAUAAAACAAAUUUCUUUGUGUCAA